UUCUGCUAGGCAUGACAGCUUUCUUCCUAAGAUAGCGAGAACUCGUGUCUUGAGUUUAGUUGUUUUUAAAAAGAAUCGUUGUAAUGCCUAAUUCAGAUGCUAAACCAUGGCCUGCUUUUGUCACGAUGAACAUUGGGGUGCAUUUAAUGCUUGUUCAACAUCAUUGUUGGUAGGAUUGACUUGAAGCGAUUAAUGACAAAGCCAUAAAUAAAUGUAUUUUGAACGUGCAAGCCAGGAGACGAGCAUAACACGAUGUUGACGCAACUGAUUGCGACGAUAAAGUUAACUUGUGGCGAUCUCGGCAUUAGAACGACGGCUAUUUUAUCUGUCACACGUCACUAGUCAAGUAGGAAAUUUGUGAUGGAAGAGCGCAAGGAGUCAACCCAGGACCCGGUUUUGGACGAUUCCCUGGGGGCAGUGGUGAGCGAAAUCCGUAUUCCCAACGUCGAAUUUCACGGCUGCGAUGUCAGGGGAGACCGACUUGUCUUGGGAGCAGGUGACCAUCUACUUCGAUUUUACCAAUGGCAAAAUGCGGAGGUGGCGGAACUACCACAUUCCCCUCAAGAUCACCACCAAUAUAGUAUCAAUGAAGUGGGAUUUUCUCCCGGAGGGACCUUGGUGGCUUCAGCCUCCACCGAUGGCACCAUCUCCAUCGUGCAAGCUCAGAGUGGCGAGUUGCUACAACGGUUGGUGAGUCCGGCGGGAGUGGCGGUCCGUUGUUGUCGCUUUUCUCCGGAUGCCACUCAACUCGCCACCGGUGGUGACGAUGACACCCUUUCGGUCUGGGAUUUGAUGAGUGGACGAUUUAUUCGCUCGCUCAAGAGUCACGAAGCCACCAUAUUUGCCCUCGCAUACUCACCUAACGGGCAAUACCUCGUGUCCACCGAUGCUAAUGGAGCCAUGUAUCUCUGGGAUGGGGGCUCCAUUCACGUAAAAAGUUUGGCAUUUUGCGAGGAAGCCCAUGAUCUAGGCGUUCUCACGUGCGACAUUUCGCCCAUAAAGGCCGAUCUGAGACCAGGGAGUGCUGCCUAUAUCGUUGCCACCGGCGGGAAUGAUGACCUGAUUCGAUUGUGGGCCAUCCAAGAGCGAUUCGAUUCGGUUCAAUUCGUUUGCACGAAAAUCUUGAGUGGGCACGAUGGAGCGGUCAUGCACACCAGGUUCUCACAUUCUGGAGCUCUUUUGGCCUCUGGAGGCGGGGACAAGGUCGUUAGGCUGUGGAAUCCGGUUUCGGGAACGUGCUUGAAGAGGCUAUCCCAUCACGAACGAUUCGUGACCCAAAUAGCCUUUGCAUCGGAUGAUCGAACCCUUUUCAGCGUGUCCAAUGACAAGUCCAUGGCCGUGUGGCGACUGAAAGCGCCUUUGAAUGCCGACAUCACCAGCCGACCGCUCCAUAUCAAUCUACCAAUAGUGGAAUCGCUGGAACACAAAGCCAGCCGCGCACAAAAUGGACCAGAUAAACAUGUUCAAUCAUUCGUGGCUCAUGCUUCUGAUGUGAAUCAGGUGAAGUGCCUUGCCUCUGACACGAUGGUCUCGGUGGGCUCUGACAAAUUCGUCAAACUUUGGCAUCGAGCUAGCUCAGAUCGGCCAUGGACAUUAACAAAGAGUGCGCAGGGGCAUGUGUAUCCCAUAUAUUCGAUGGAUUUUCAUCGCGAAAAGGAACUGCUGGUUUCAGCCGGAUCCGAUGGAGUCUGUCUGAUUUGGAAUUGUCAGACUUUGGAAGUUAUGGAGCGACUUCAAUCCGAUGGGGGUAUUCAAGUAUGUGAACUCUCACCUCAAGGAGAUAUGCUGGCUACAGGAGGUGACACUUUUGCGAUUAGUCUUUGGGAUUUGAAGACAGGCAAAGUCAUAAGGGCCUUCAAUGGGCACGAGGCCUCAAUUUAUGUCGCCACCUUCAGCCCAGAUUCUGAAUUCCUUUUAAGUGGCGACAGUGAUGGCCAAUUAUGCCUGUGGAAUGCAGAAAAUAGCCACCAGCCCUUGGAUUGUGUUCCACGAGGCCAUGAUUUGGGGGUACUCUGUGGCAAGAGUUUACCUUUGAUCAGGUCCACGGGGCAGAUAUUUGUCACUGGAGGAAAUGACGCCUUGGUCAAGGUUUGGAGAUGGGACGAAAUCAAUGCAAAGCUACUCUUGGAACGGGAGCUAAAAGGCCAUGGCGAGUCUGUGAUGAGUGUGGCUUUCAGUGACAAUGGUGAAAUGAUGGCCACGUCCUCGGGGGACAAGACGGUUCGUGUCUGGGUGACCUCCAAUUGGUCGUUUGUUCAAGCUCUUUCGGGACACAAGCGUUAUGUCAACGCUUGCACCUUUGGCUUCCAAGAUCACAGCCAAGUGAUCACUGGAUCCAACGACAAAACCAUUCGCGUGUGGAAACUACACGUAAAUCAUAGACCACACUUCUCCAAUCAUCCGAUAACGGAUUGGCAAGCCCGAGAUGUGACCGAGUGGUUUGAAUCGAAAGGAGUCAAGGCCGAGCAUGCGUGUGCCAUCAAUGGACCAGAGCUCCUAAAUAUGAACGUAUUGGACUUCGAAAAUAUCUUGGGCUUGGAAGAGAGAGCGGCGAUUGAAUUCGUGCAAGAAAUCCAACAUCUCCGUUUUAAGAAGACUUCCAAUGCCGGGAAUUUCUCGGAGCUGAAUGUCGACGAUGGCCAAGAUAUUCCCCACGAGUUCAUAUGCCCCAUAACCCAAUAUGUGAUGAGCCACCCGGUCAAGUGCCAAGAUGGUUUUACGUACGAAAAAGCUGCCAUAACGGAAUGGUUUUUGAGCCGUAGGGCAACCAGCCCCAUGACCAACCUUCCAAUUCAGAGCACUUCUUUCGUCGACGAUACCAACUUGAAAGAAGCCAUUCUGAAGUUCUUCCAUGAAACCAGAUUGCGGUAAAAUGACGAAUUCGUAUGAAAGAUCAAUCAAUAUAUGAGGUACCCAUGGA